CUUUUUCUUACAGUGAUCCACUUUCUGAAGUAUUUCUACACGGCAUCUUCAGGAAUACCAAACUUUCCAUCAUACGUGUCUGUUGGGUUGGUGGAUGAUGUUCAGAUAAGUUAUUGUGACAGCAACAUCAACAGAGUCAUUCCUAAACAGGAAUGGAUGAAUAAAGUGAGUUCAGAACAUCCGAACUACUGGAAGGAGGAAACACAGACAUGCCGAGAUAAACAGCAAACCUUCAAAAUCAGCCUUGAAAUUGCAAAACAACGUUUCAACCAGACCGGAGGUUUGUUUAUACUUCACCUUGUACAUA